GUUCCUUCACAGCAUCUGCCAUGACCCAAGCAAGUGUACAUCAAAAUUAAGGUAUCCUUUAGUAAGGGUUAGCAGCUGCACCGUGACCAGAAAUGGGCAUGGAAGAUGGAUGCUUCUAACAAUCCUGUAAAUGUUACCCUGUCUCAGGAUGUUCGGUUCUGAUAACAAACCUUUAGGAGAAGGAGACCUGCGGAAAUUACUUAAACUUUAUCGCACAGAGAUCUCCAUGGCAGUCGACGAUGUCUUCCCAUUGCUCCACGGACUGGCAGAUCAUGACAUUGUCACGGAAAAGAUGUUCAAGGAUACUCUCCAUCUGAAGGAAAAGGAUGGCUGCCACAAGGCCUUCCAUGCCAUGUUAACGUGGCUGUUGAGCCAGGACUCCUCUUCCAUCCGGGACUUCUGGAGGGUUCUCUUCAAGGAUUAUAACCUGGAGAGAUAUUCCAAGCUCCAGUCCAUUCGAAGCAGCUUUCCUAAAGACCUGGAUCUCAGUAGGUAUUGCAGCAGGGCAAGGAAGCUCUCAGCCAGUCCUAAGGUAUUGACUCAGCACAAAUCCCAAGGGAAGAGGAAAGCAACAGAUGAAAAAGAUGCUUUGCACCCACCUCAACUUUCAGCAAAAGGCGACUCACACCUUGGAUCCCUUCCAAAGGCAAAAUCUGUGAAGAAGUCAGAAAAUGUUGAGACCCAGCAUUAUCCCCUUUCGCAUGGUGGUGACACUAAAAAAUGCAUCAAAAUUGGUGGUGAGUUUUAUGCAGCCGACAAACUGGAAGAGAGGAACAAAGCUCAGGAUCUGAAGCCCAGCGGGAAAGCUAAAGAAUCCCAGAAUGGAGAUCAAAAAGCAAACUUGCAGAAUAGUUGCCCUACCAUCCAUUUCCACACUGUGGAUCCAGCCCCCCAGCAGAAGAACGAUGACGAAUGUGCCGUCUGCAGGGAUGGUGGGGAGCUGAUCUGCUGUGAUGGAUGCCCCAAGGCCUUUCAUCUCACCUGCCUUGUGCCACCACUGACAGAGAUUCCCAGCGGGACAUGGAGGUGCGAUUCCUGCUCCUCCGGGCAAUCGAAACAAUACAGGGGCAAUGGAGAAGAGAACAGCAGGAAUGCCCUUUCUCAAACACAGGGAGCUGUAUAUCUCCAGAGAACAACAGAAGAUGGAAGGAGGGUUCUCAUCAAGGAACCUGUGUGUGCCUCCCUCAGGCAGCCUUUGCUCUCUGUGACCCCAGUAUCUGGUGUGGCACCGCCAACAGUUCAGAAUGUGGGAACAGAGAAACAGCUGAAGCUGACCAUUGGGGAGAAGUGUGGAGUAUGCAGGAAAGCAGGAGACCUGAUCUACUGCAAUAAGUGUUUCCGGGCUUUCCACUGGCCCUGCCAUUUUCCUGCCCAUGCAGAUCAAAUCAGUGGAAUCUUAAUGUGCAAAUCCUGCACUAGCAACCAUCCCAUGACCAUCAGCUUGGAUGGAGCUACAAACUCAAACACCCCAACAGUACGAGCGGUAAAGGUGGUGGAAGAAUCUGCUGGGACUGAACCCCUUCUGAACAAGGAUGAUCUGGACUCUCUCUUAGGGGAGAAUACCUUUGAUGGGAUCUUGCACUGGGCAUUCCAGAGCAUGCCUCGUCCACUGUCAGACACUCAAGGAUUUUUCUCAUAGGACUCUGGAUUUGGCAGUUUUGCUAUUGUGUCAAACAUGUUCCUAUUGUCUCUUGCUGAAACAUUGGCACCCAAAACUACUUGCUUUCAUGUAGUCUAUAUUACCGCAAUGAUAUAGUUCUGUUAAAUUGAUACUUCUCUGCUCAUCUCCAAUUGAGAGAAUUGAUAUUUUCAGUCUGUACCUGAGUAGCUUAUCGUAAUCACCCAUCAAAUAAUUGAGUGAUGGGAUAGUAAUUGAAUUGUAGUAUAUUCUUUUUUCCACAGAUUUUUUGAUGAGGGCUUCAAAAGCAAAGUCCCUCUGAACAUUCUUCCUGGACAAGUUCCAUGCUUCCUUUGUCAAUAAGAUUACUUUAUGCCAUUCCUAUAGUGUGCUACAGCCUAGAUUUAACCAGAAGCUUUUCCCUAUUACUCUGCAAAUUAAAUUAUCAGACACUUUUGAGGUUCUACAGGAGCCAUUGCUAUGGUUCCAGUUCUCAGGCAGCAUGAAGAGGAAACUAUGCAAAAACCAUGUAACAAGCAGACAAAGCACAGCAGAUUUUCCCAGAUGCACUGAAAUGUGGGGAAUCCAAGCUGCCUAAGGGGGACAUUAUAGAACCAAAAGUAUUCAAGAGGGCAGGGACUCAAACUGCCGUCAGCGCCAGCCAGCGUGGCGUGGCCAAUUGUAAGGGAUGAUGGGGAUUGCUGUCCUACAAUAUCCAAAAACCCACAGGUUACCAGCCAUGUCUGGUAUAUAAGAAAUCUUCUUCAGGCUUAAAAGUU